AUGGUUUCCAGGCAGCGCGUGGCUUUGCUUCUCUGCUUUCCGCUGCUGAUUCCUCUUUCUCUGGAUGCAGUCUUUUUAAAGCGGGAAGAGGCAAAUGGCGUUUUACAAAGGCACCGAAGAGCCAAUAGCUUCUUCGAAGAGAUAAAGCUGGGGUCACUAGAGCGAGAAUGCAUGGAAGAGAAGUGUUCGUUUGAGGAAGCGAGAGAGAUCUACCAUGAUGAUGAGAGGACAAAAGAGUUCUGGCACAUCUAUUCCGACCCCAACCAGUGUGACUCCAGUCCCUGUCAGAACGGCGGGAGCUGUGACGACCAGUUUCAGGAUUACGUUUGCCGCUGUCCCAUGGAGUACGAAGGCAAAAGCUGUGAAAAAGCCGUGGCUGAGAAGCUGAAGUGCAUUUACGACAACGGCGGCUGUGAGCAGUACUGUGCUGAUGAGCAGUCCAAAAAACGAGUGUGCUUCUGCGCAGAUGAUUACACUUUAGCGAGUGAUGGUGUGUCCUGCAUUCCCCAAGUGAAAUACCCAUGUGGAAAAAUACCAGUGCUGGCAAAAAAGAAUGCAACUGCAGAUGGGAGAAUAGUAGGUGGUUUCAUCUGUCCUCCCGGUGAAUGUCCAUGGCAAGCCCUUAUAAUACAGAAUCAGAAAGAAAAGUGUGGCGGUACCCUGCUUUCCCCAGAGUGGGUGGUCACUGCAGCUCAUUGUUUGGAGCACACCCAUGUUAAAGAGCUUCGAGUGAGACUGGGUGAACACUCAAUAAAUGACGAUGAGAAAACUGAGCAAGAAAGUGGAGUUACCAAUAUAAUCAUGCACGAAGGAUACAAGUACGGACAAGUCAAUAAUGACAUUGCCCUCCUGAAACUGGAAACACCUGUGAAUCUCACUGAUUACGUGGUGCCAAUAUGUUUGCCUGAAAAACGGUUUGCAGUGUAUGAGCUGUCCUCCAUCAAGUUCUCCACAGUGAGCGGAUGGGGACGUCUACUAGAUGGAGGUGCUACUUCCUCUGUCCUGAUGAGAGUUGAUUUGCCACGUGUAAAGACACAAGAAUGUGAGAAGCAGACCGAUUUAAAUAUUACAGAGAAUAUGUUCUGUGCAGGAGACCUGACUGGCACUAAAGACUCCUGCAAGGGAGACAGCGGUGGACCUCAUGCUACGAAGUACAAGAACACUUGGUUUCUGACUGGGAUUGUGAGCUGGGGAAAGGGCUGUGCUGUUGAAGGCACCUAUGGGGUUUAUACAAGGGUAUCCAAAUACAUUGACUGGUUGAAGAAGUCCAUGGAUUCAUAAUGCUGAAUCAGGGCAUUUCCAGAUAGUGUUAUUGACCCUUAAUCCCUUUGUGACAUUUUCCUAUUGAAGUAUUCCUUCAUUAACUUAGA